CAUAUUCGCAGUCAUUGGUAUUUUUUUAGAAUAAACAAUGGCGAGAUGCAUCCAUAGCAACUCAAUGUCGAUGACUUCCGUCCAAGAGCUCAAGCAUGUAACCCGGAACAGCUGAAUGCUGCAUACGAAGAGAAACGCUGCUAACACAAACAAGAGAAGCACUAAAAGAUGAAAGGAGCCAUCAUUCUUCCUUCCGAGAGCGCACAUUCACCAUUUCAACACCUUCAAAAUAAAUGAACACAUUGUUCAAUCUAGAGGUGUUCGCUGGUGUCUACCAAAAGAAGACAGCUACCUCGGCCGCUAAACCCCAUCCCGUCAUCUAGCUCCAAAACAUUCCAUAUCCAACCUCGACCCAUUCAUCCCAAGAAACUCCCCACCACCAUCCACCAACCCACCCACCAUGUCGAAACCUAACCCCUUCCACACCCUCUUCAGAAGACACACCUCCCGAACCCUCCUCCACCCGCAAAAACCCCUGCCAACCCGCCUCCAAACCCCACAAUGCCUCUCCCGCCAACACCUCCGCACCCACCACCCGCAACAAACCCGCACCUUCCACAGCACCCUCCGACCCGCCAACGACACCAACAACGGCCUGGACCCAAACUUCGUCUCGAUCCUCGACCGGCCGGCGAAAAUGGCGCGAGCAGGCUCGCAACACGGCCCAGGCCUCAUCAUCCUCGCCAUCAUCCCGCUCACGGCGUUCGCGCUGGGGUGCUGGCAAGUCAAGCGACUGGGCGAGAAAACCGAACUCGUGGCGCGCUUCGAAGACCGUCUUACGUUCCCUCCGCUAGAGCUCCCGCACCGCAUCGACGGCGCCGCGAUCGCGGAUUUCGAUUACAGAAAAGUGUUUGCGAGGGGGCGGUUACGGCAUGAUCAGGAGAUGCUGAUUGGGCCGCGCAUGAUGGACGGCGAGGAAGGGUAUACGGUUGUCACGCCGUUGGAGCGCGUCGAUGAGGCUGGCGUCAAGACUAAGAUUCUGUGCUGUAGAGGCUGGAUUAAGAAGGAUGCUGAGAAGCAGUGGUUUAGGCGCCAGCAGGGGGCUCUGCCUGAGGGGGAGGUGCUCGUGGAAGGGUUGUUGAGGGUGCCGCCAAAGGGGAAUAUGUUCACGCCUGUUAAUAGGCCUGAGGAGGGGAAGUGGUUUUUUCCCAGUGUGCAGGAGAUGGCUGAGUGGACGGGGAGUCAGGCGGUUUGGGUCGAGGAGACGAUGACGCCGGACCUGCUCACGACGUACGAGCGCGAACCUAAAGGAAUUCCCAUUGGAAGAGCAGCCACCGUCAACUUGAGGAAUAACCACACACAGUACAUCUUCACAUGGUAUGCUUUGAGUCUCGCAACCUCAAUCAUGUUUUACAUGGUCGUGAAGAAGCCCAUGUCUGGAGCACAGCGCCGUGUACGUCAUAGCAGCGAAUGGUAG